AUGCAAGCGGCCCUCGAAGAGGCGCAGCAGCACCAGUGUAUCGCGAACUUUACGGCCAUCCCUGGGGAUCUCUACGAGCGGGAGAUCGCGAGGUACACCCACUUCUGCCUCGUCCCCGAGGCUGACAUCUGUGGAAACCUGGACGGGAGGGAGCUGCUGCCAGACCUGGACUUCGACCUGCUCGCCUCCAUCCCGCUCUUCCUGAAGGUCGCCGGCAUCGCAAGCACCGCCUCCUUGGGCCAGGUGAACCUCUGCAGAAGAGCCGUUCAGAGCUUCUGCCAGCAGAUCUAUACCGUCCAGACUACGCUGCUCCAGGAGCAGCGUGCGGACAUCUGUGGGAAGAAGUCUGGCAAGGUUGUCGGGAGCAAGAAGACAAUCCGGUACGAGGCCAGCCGGGAGUACGAGGACGAAGUCUUCGGGCUCACUUCCGUCACCUUCCAGAGCUUCCUCCUGAUCAUCCUCUUCCUCUGGGGCCUGGCCUCGGUGACGGAGUUCCGGAGCAUCCUGGUCUGGUGGAAUGUUAUCCUGACCCUGCCCACCGCCGUGGCGGCAGCAUGCAUCGUCUACAAGUACCCACCUGGGGCUGAGGCUGAGGACGACUGCACGGUGGAGAUUGCGGGGCUGACCUGGAAAACUCGCCUUAGCACUGUUUUCACGAACCUGCUGCCGCGCACCGUGCUGCAGUGCGUGUUCUUCGUGGUGGGAAUCGAGUACCUGCUGUCGGUGAAGCAGAUCUCGGAGCUGAUUCUGAACAGCUUGGCACUGAUGGUGCUCGUGACCAUCGACGAGAUGCUCUUUGCCGCCUUCACCGGCGAGCAGAAUGCCAUCUGGAUACAAAACUCUGAGCCACUGCAGGGGCGAUCCCUUCACUGGCUGGACUGCCUGCUGUCCGUGACGCACAUGCCCUUGGGCAUGUUUAUCUUUCUUCCCAUCAGUGCCACUCUGGCGUUCUACAUUCAGUCCCAUGUGACAACGACGGCUUUACAGGCCCAGGCAACGUAUUGCCUCUGCGAUCUCAAGGGUGACGACUGCUUCGCGCCGGAAUUUCUCGCUGGCCGCGUGGCGGCUGCGCUGUGA